AAAUUUAGUUCAUUCGGAUUGUGUAAUCAUGACAGUGACCUACACCUCCAGUGUGAGCACCUCGAGUGUUGUUAGCAAUUUUUUGGGAUUACUUCUAAGAUGGCGUGGCAGUAUUUACAAGCUUGUUUGGCAUGAUCUGUUGGCUUUUAUGAGCUUGUACUUUCUUUUUGCCGUGGCCUAUCGCUUUCUGAUGAACGAAAAUGGACAAAAGCUUUUUGAGAAUAUUUCCGAGUAUUGCACCCGAAAUGUGGGACUCAUACCGCUGUCUUUCGUGCUGGGCUUCUAUGUGUCCAUCGUGAUGACUCGCUGGUGGGAACAGUACUCCACCAUCCCAUGGCCAGAUCCGAUAGCCAUCUUGGUCAGCUCCAGUCUCCAUGGCUACGAUGACCGGGCCAGGGCUAUGCGACGAACCAUCCUGAGAUACGUUUGCCUCUGCCAGGUGCUAGUUUUCAGCAUGAUUUCCCCUCGUGUUAAGCGUCGAUUCCCCACCUACGACCAGUUCAUUGAAGCUGGCUUUUUGCUGGAGAACGAAAGGACCAUUAUUGAAAAUAUGGAUGCAGCUUUUCCCAAGUAUCCGAAGCACUGGAUGCCCAUCGUGUGGGCCUCCAGUAUUGUGAUGAGGGCCAGAAGUGAAAACAAGAUUCGUGAUGACUACGCGGUAAAAACCAUAAUUGAUGAAUUGAACAAGUUUCGCGGAUACUGCGGUUUUUUGCUCUACUACGACUGGGUCAGUGUGCCGGUGGUUUACACACAGGUUGUGACAUUGGCAGUCUACUCCUUUUUCCUGUUCACUAUCCUGGGACAACAGUGGACACAGAAUGACCGCUCCCGUGUCGGGGAAUCGGUUGUGAAGUGGUUCCCCUUCCUGACCAUUUUGCAGUUUUUCUUCUACAUGGGUUGGCUCAAAGUGGCAGAGGUUUUGAUCAAUCCCUUCGGUGAGGAUGAUGAUGAUUUUGAGCUUAAUUGGAUUAUAGAUCGGAAUUUAACAAUCUCGUACUUUGUGGUCGACGAAAUGCAUCAGGAGCAUCCGGAGCUAGUGAAGGAUCAGUAUUGGGAUGAAGUUUUUCCAAAUGAAUUGCCCUACAACGAGCCGAAAAUGCGUUCCAGUCCUCCUGAAGCAUCGACUGCCCACAUAGAAACUGAAUCAAAAUCUCUAAAGGCAAAAUCAAAGGGUUCGGCUGCGACAAUGUCGGUUGCGAGCGAGCACAGUAACCUAAGCAGUAACCGUAGUCGCCAUAAGAGAUUCACCUCGAACUUCGUGCCAGGACCUUCUACCAGCGGAAGCUUCACAGACUCCUAUUUCCUAAACAUUGGACACUCGCGGGUGGUCUUCAGUGAGGAUGUUAUUGUUUCGGGACAGGAGACCCAGAGCUUAAACAGAGACUCUGAGAGUACACUAGUGGAUUUCAAUGAGCUGAUGGAGCAACGUCGUCGGGAGCGCAGGGAGCGCUUGCGCCAUCGCUUCAUGGACAUGCGUCAGGGAACCACACGCCGCGCCUCCUCGGGAGCUCCUUACAGGAUCACUGUCCUUCGCCCCCCGUCCGCGGAAACAAUGGCUCAAGAGCAGGUCGACAGCGAGGGUACCAUAAAAGGUCCAUCCAAGAAGCCUUCAGCCACCGAAAAGAAACCUGAUGGGGAGAAAUAA